CAGGAGCUUGCAGAUCUUACAAAGAACCCCAUGUCCAAUGUAUCUAUUGGACCCAAGUCUGAAGAUAAUCUCAUGAACUGGGAGGGUAUUGUCACUGGUCCCGCCAAUUCACCGUUUGCUCAAGGCAUAUUCAAAAUCACAAUUGAUUUCCCAGUAGACUAUCCAUUCAAGCCACCACAGAUCAAAUUUGCCACAAAAGUCUAUCAUCCCAAUAUUGAUCACGAUGGAACAAUCUGUUUGGGAUUAAUUAAGACAGAUGCAUGGAAACCAUCGACAAAACUGUCAGAGGUGCUUAUGGCUGUAGUGCAAAUUCUUACCGAGCCUAAUCCAGAGGAUCCCUUAGUACCUGCAAUAGCAGAACAGUUUCGGCAAGACUAUGCACAAUAUACAAAAACAGCCCUCGAAUGGACACGGAAGCACGCACAGUAA